AUGACCAAAUUAUUUCCAAUCCUGUUGCAAUUGGUGUUGUCUACAGCUGAAGAUUACUACUAUAAUCCUAUGAACAUAUCUCGUACAACCUUAUCCGGAAUAGCAGCGUACCGUUCUGCCUUGACAUUAGAUUGGUUGGCGGCAGAAGACUCCAGACAGAGGGAAUUGGCUGCAGCAUUUGAGACGGAACCAGCUCCUCCUGUGAAGGUCCUCACGACGGAUUGCAUAGCGUACCCAAGACCGUCAGCAGGCAAGAUCGCGAAGCUCAUGUUGGAGCUAUUAAAAAAUCUGGAAGGCGAUGAUGGUACGUUAGUUCCUAAUCUAAUUCAAUCACUGAUUCGCACUAAAAUCUUAGUUGAAACUUCCUUGUUGGAUGCUGAACCAGAUUUCGAGGCGCUGGUGAGGACCCCCGGUGUGAUGAUGGGUGAACCUCACGUAACAUUCCCGAGAAUACUUGCUAUGACUUGGUUGACAGUCACUGACCCAGCGUCUACUGGGAAGUAUGGAUGGUGUCCCAUAAACAAGGUGAACAAGUAUUUGUCAAUGACAACACCAAUACAUAUAGCGAAGAACAUGCGAGCGUUGGAGCCAAUUUUGGCGAGAGCCCGGUUCAUCAUGGAGGAGUUUAUACAAAGUGUGACACCUCUGAACAUGUACCAAAAAAAAACUACCGCAAGCAAACACAUAAAGUUGAAAAAGAUCGAGGCCAACGUUCCGAAGAGAAAAAGGAACAAAACAAGAUCUUUACGUACACAUGUGAACGAUGAAGCGUACAAUUUGGCUAAAGCGUUAUCACUAACGUCACCGGAGACAGAGCAACCUUUUAUUGAUAGCGGUGAUAUUACUAUGGUUGACGGUGCUAGUUUCCAUGGAGAUAAUCACAAUGGUGAGGGUGGAUAUAAAUUAAAUAUAUUGUUUUGUACCUGA